UUCUUCUACACGACUUCUAAAUUAACGUCCUCUCCGUCUUCUCUCUCGCGCCCAUCUCUGCUACUAAUGGCGCUCUUGAUGGAACCGGGGACGGAGCCCAAAACCGAAAGCGAGAUUGCGGACCUUGAAGCUAUUACCGCUCUUAAAGAGUCUACAGCUCUCGAACUCAAGGAGAAGGGAAACGAGUAUGUCAAGAUGGGUAAGAAGCAUUAUUCGGAUGCUGUCGAUUGUUACACCAGAGCAAUUCAUCAGAAAGUUCUCUCUGAAGCCGAAAACUCGCUACUUUAUGCGAACAGAGCCCACGUGAAUUUGCUGCUGGGGAAUUACAGGCGUGCUCUCACCGAUGCCGAGGAGGCUAUUAAGCUUUGCUCGACUAACGUCAAGGCACUGUACCGAGCUACUAAAGCAGCUUUGGCCUUGGAUUUGUUAACGGAAGCAAAAUCAUAUUGCGAGAAGGGGCUUGAGCGUGAUCCAGAUAAUUUUGAGCUGAAGAAGCUAUUAAGGCAAAUUGAUUCGAGAAAGCUUGAAGAGGAACAACGUGAGGCUGAAGUUAACAGGGCCAUUGCAGAAGCUAAGAACCUGCACUCUGCAAUUGAAGACCGGGGCUUGAAAAUGGGGAUGGCAACGUUCCGAGAACUUGUUGGACUAAGGAAGCCAUUACUGGACAAAGAUAAAAUACUUCACUGGCCGGUUCUUCUUCUGUACCCAGAGGUCAUGUCCAGUGACUUCAUCGAGGACUUCUGUGAGACUGACAUGUUUUCAGCUCAUCUUGACAUGAUGUUUUCUGAAGGCAGUCCACCGUUGCCAUGGGAUAAAGAAAACAAUUACACUCGGGAAGUUAUUGAACUGUACUAUGAGGCUGUUUCUGGAGUUCUUUUAUCAAAAGCAAAAGUUCUCCAAUAUCUCCUAGAAGGAACUACCGGUGCUCAAGCAGAAGGCAUUGGCGAUGGAGAGAAGGAUGAAACUGAAACUGCUGGCCAGGGAUCUUCUAAAUGGAUCAAAGUGAAUGAGAAGAGAAUGCUUUAUGAUAUUCUGAAGGAACCUAACUUCAUUAUCACAGGAAUCCCAGUCUUUUACGUCGUUUCUAAAAGAUCAAGCUUCUACAAAGACUUCAGAGCUGGAAAAUGGACUCCACCGUUGUGAUAAUUGGACCAAGCACAUGUUAGAGAUGGGGGAAAAAAUCAAGAGUUAUUAA